GCCAGCUGAAGGCAAGAGGAAGCACCAAGAGAGCUCCUUCCGUGUCUGUGUGGACCUGCUUGUCAGAAGGCUGAGACAAGAUGAUAGGAAUGAACCUUCAGCUGGUGUGCCUGACUCUCCUGGCUUUCAGCUCCUGGAGUCUGUGCUCAGAUUCAGAAGAAGAUGUGAGAGUCCUGGAGGCAGAUCUCCUGACAAAUAUGCAUGCAUCGAAGGUCAGCAAAGGAAGUCCUCCCUCUUGGAAAAUGACCUUGCUCAACGUUUGCAGCCUGAUCAAUAACCUGAACAGCGCAGCGGAGGAAGCGGGAGAAAUGCGUGAUGACGACCUUGUUGCGAAAAGGAAACUUCCCCUUGUCCUGGAUGACUUUAGCUUGGAAGCGCUGCUGACCGUAUUCCAACUCCAGAAGAUCUGCCGCAGCCGGGCCUUUCAACACUGGGAGAUAAUUCAGGAGGAUAUCCUCGAUCAUGGCAAUGAGAAAACUGAGAAGGAAGAAGUGAUAAAGAGAAAAAUCCCUUAUAUUCUGAAACGGCAGCUCUAUGAGAAUAAACCCAGAAGGCCCUACAUACUCAAGAGGGCCUCCUACUACUACUGAGAAGUUAAUUCUUGACAUGUGAUUCUCAUCCUUUACCUGUUAUCUGGAUACACAUGAUGCUUAUCUAGAUAUAUAAUUAUAUGUGUGUAUGAAUGUAUGCCAGAACUUGAUUAUUUUACCUUUUCCACAAUUGUGCUUUCUUGGAUGGGAUUUUCCUGCAUUCUUGCAAACUGGACGCAAUGUUUUCAAAUAAAGGUAGAUCUCGAGC